AUGGAUGUGAACACCGCACUCCAGCCGAAAACCCUCCUCCGGCUGGAAUUUCCUGGCUUGGCUGCCUACUUUCAAAACCUGAUUAAAGAGCAAUCAGCGGUUGAUCGGGUAAAAGAACUUGAUGCUCGGCUGUUAGAACUGACGCAUGAGGAGGUUCUUCCGCCUGCGGUGUACGGCGUCUGGCUUCCCAUUGCCCUAGAUGUCGUUCCCGAAUUAUUACAAGCGGCAAUUAGGGACCCCGUGUCCCACGGGAUCCGUAAAGCCGGCAUCAAAGCAGACCUCCUUGCAACUCCCUCUGUGAGAGAAGUCAUCCUGGUGUUGAAAUCUAUUGCGAAGUGUCAGAAUGUCUCCGACCCAUUGAUCCUAUCCGCUUGCGCAGAAGAUCUCAUUCGUCUUUUGCAAGAGGACAAAUCGUCUCGGGCAUCACCAUUUCUUCUGCGACCAUUGUAUCCGCUGUGCAGCUCGCUCUUUUUGAAAGAGGCUCUGUCAACUUUGCCGGAGGGAUCAUUGCAAGCCUGGUUAGUUCAGAACUUGGUCAAAUCGCAUCCAGACAUUGUACGACAGGUUGUCCUUGGCCGUAUUGCGGUGCCUACCCAGCUCCAAUUGGGAGUGUUAAAAGACCAUGCGCAAGAAUUGAUCACUUCCUCCGAGCCGUACAAUGCUAUAGUCCACACAGACCUUCCUCCUGAUCUCCCUCCUGGAAUAGUGUUUUGCUUGGAUUUGCUGUAUGUGAUGUGUACUUGUUCCCUAUUAGCUUUGAUGAUAGGCCCGGUCCGGGAUGAGUACGGGAAGAAAGUGCUGCGGCUAGCGUGUCGUAAAAAGGUGCCAUUCGACCAUAUCACGAGAGUCCUUAAGUAUAUGACCCAGCAUUGGCUCCAAAUGAUGCGCAUUAUUCGGGCUGAUGCACUCUCUCCAUCGCUAUCCUAUGAGGUCAUCGGCUGUUGGUCUAUAGCCCGGUGUGGGAUGACUGGUGCCACUGCUGAGUCGACCAUACAACGUUUCACACGUAGCGAUAUUGGAUCCCGCCCAUGCAAGAGUAACGAGAUCGACUUGGAAUUGUUACUUGUUGACUUGGUCCGGGAGAGCUCAGGUCCAAGACUUGGCCUGGACCACGGCCUCCCUUCCAUUGUGGUUAAGAUACUGGAACAAAUCGCCCCGUCAGAGAGGCUCCCGUUCAUCCGACUCUUUUGCAAAUAUUCAGAGGCCAUGAACUUUGACAUUGACGUGUAUCCGCCCUCUGAACGGGAAAGGAGGCUGGCCCCAAUAUGGGCCUUCAAGAUUUUACGUGUGCUACCGGAUUCGGAUGCAAAAUGCUUGUUUAGCAGAAUGCUUACCAUUCAUGGCUGCGAGGAGUUUGUUCCCACCCCAAAAGCCGCGAAAUCUCUCGACUGGACAAAACAGUGCCUUUUAAAGAUUGGAUGGGAAGAACAUGCUGCUAGCAGGCACGAUCUCCCUUUUUCUCGGACUGUUAUCAAGGAAAUGCAAGAACGAGCAAGGCAGGGAAGAUAUCCCGAACAUCGAUUGGAUUUGGCCGGGGCAGCUUUGGAUGCGGGCAUUGCAACAUCCUCGCUGGACAUCUAUGCCUCAGUAGUACACUGGACAAAGAGGUUUAUGCGCGACCCCCUCGUAUUCCCAAAUCUGAUGAAGGAAAAACUACUAGCUCGUGACGCCGCAAGCUUGCUCUCCUGCGUGGAUAUCGACCCACGCCGCAGGCCGACAUCCUUACCACAGCUCCACCACGUUGUGCAGCAAGCAAACAAGAUAAUAGAAAAUCUUCUGGAGCUCAUCCUUCUCGCAAUUCAAGAGCCUGCUGGCAAGAAAGAUUUAAUGGGGUGGCUGUUUGCAAUUAUGUCCGAAAUUAUCGGAAAACGAAUGAAAGGCUUAUACCAGUACCACCCACAACUCGGUAACGAGAUGGAACUUGUAAAUGUGCUUUUGGAGCCACUUAUGCCGAUAGUUCUGGACUUUGAGCGUGUCAUACAUUCUGGAGAACCAUCAAUGAUAGGUGUGAGCACACAAAAGGGCCUUCUGGAGGACCUCAAUUGCCCAUCACAUCCUACGGAAGCUGUUGUUGCAUUCAUGGACAAACUUGCAGAGAGACGAGACAGGCUCUGGGAAGAAAUACGGACAAAUGCAGAUCCUGCAGUUUGCCACCUAGGGAAAGGAUGGCCUAAGGGUCUUCCGGUCCAACAUCUCCUUCCUAACGCAAGGCUAAGCGGCGAGUGGAUUGAUAGCCUGCGCUACGCGAUCGAAGCCUAUAUCGGGGCCCACAAAACGCAAAAGCAGCAGAAUCUCAUAAGCCACUUCCACCACUAUAACUCUGAGAUUGAAGACUAUGCAUGUGAGAAUCGGCAUCAUCCUGAGCAGGUGCAGAUGUUCCGGCGGUGGCUUCGGGAUUUGGCUGUUGCGUUAGAGGCACCAGAGGCGGCAGCAGUUAUUUGGCCUUAUAAUGCCUCGGUGCUCAAUUCGACUUUUCUCGACCGGGACCUAAAAUCUGGUGACGUUUUCCUGUGGGACCCUCGGCAUGAUGUUCAGAAGACGAGGAAGAGUCGAAGCAGAUUCCCGUCACAUUGCUCUAUUGUCGCAUGCAUGGGGAACCCACUGAUUAUUUGGAAAUUGGACCGUGAACGCCUGUCUAAAUCUGAGCUGUCGCUUCUCGAAACCCAGGAGGCAAUCAUUCUGUCCGCUAUCCUCUUCCUGAACUCUACUGGGCCCCAAAAACGACUGCUUGCUAGGCCUUUUCCUACCAUCGCGUCCCCAAGAUAUCCAGCAAUUUCUCUGGAUGAGUGCUUUGUUGCAUGCGCCAGGGAAAACAGCCCCCAUGCUGAAUAUACCGCUAAAGAAGGCUCUAGAGAAAGCUAUCAAGGCCGUCCCAGGACGACUAUGAAUCGUGCGAUUCAUUUCGUCGUACUGCUAGAGCUUUCCAGAUCGACCGGAACUAGCGGUUUAUAUUAUGUUGCGGGUAAGCGGCUUAAACCAGACUCGGCUAAAGAUUUCAUCGAACGAUUUGCGACGUUCACCAUGGACGGCCUUCAGAGGAACAGGCGACAGGGUGGUCAAAGCAUGCCGAAUAUGGCCGAAGCUGCAGGCCAUCCGAAGCUUUUCCUGAAGACCACCACAGUCAAGAUGUUGGGCGAGGUGCUUGCGGUAGCCCAACUUUCUCCCAACCACGAUGAUCAUGUCCCCUUUGACACAGAGGCGAUAUUUAGAGCCUGUGCCUCGUUUGCCUUCAUCGUUGCAGGCCCGAGUGAAACGGAGCCCACGACUGAGACAGACUGGGUAAACGCGGAAAAUGGGGGUAAACUUCCACAUAUCUCGUUAAGAGGCGAUUGGCCCGCCCUUGACCUUUUUGUUAAGACUGCGUACUACAAAGUUCCUAAGCCUCAUCGAGCGGGGGCCUUUCUUCAUUGUUAUGACAUCGCCAACACCUGCGCAUUUGAAACCUUUGACUUCGGGCCAUUCCGUGUAAAUAUUGUCGAGGAUAUUCUACAUACUUGGGCGGACUAUCUUCCAGAGCCAUUCCUCCCUCGUCACCGCGACUUUGCACUAUCUUACCUCCGUUAUGCGGACCUAAACAGGCUAUUAGAAGCGCUCGCACAACAAGAGCCUGGAUACUGGCAGAGAAACCCGGGGAAACAUUGGAACGAAUAUCGGCAAGCCUGUCGAGAUUCGCAACCGUUUCUAAAUUUACGAAGAGUUCUCUUCCGAACUAUGGAACCGGCAAUCCCGAACGGCCUCACUACGGAGAGCUUAGCGGCAGAAUAUGUUGUGCGUGCAGCAAUCGUCGCUAGGAAUCACAUCAAGUUUGAUCCGGAAGAAGGCAAAUUUGUUGUGAGUACGGAAUUACUUGUGGGAGCCUUACGGGCGCUGCGAGGAGUGUCUAGUGGGUAUAAUGAGACGGACCACCAAAAGCGGAACCAGGUGCUUUUCCAGAGGGCUUUGGAGCAGAUCGGCGCUGAUAUAGAGUCCCUCCGAACGGAGAUUUGGCUAAAUAACGCGGAUCGCCAGCCCGUGGUGCUGCCUUCAUGGCUGGAACUGCAAGCUACGACGUUGCCUUCGCCGAAAGUGAACCCCAUUGUGGAAAAGCCGGACCAUGAGUUCGUGCGUCGCGUGCUAGUGCUUGUAAAGAGAUGUGCCGAUGAUCGGAUCUUAUUGACGGAGUUCAAGUGGCUCAAGCAAAUGAUUAAGAAGAGUCCUCGGGAGGCCGAGAUUGAGUCCUGCGCCCUGCUCCUCGGAGAUGGACCGGUGGAUGAACAUGUCACGUUGUAUGGAGCGUUGAGAAUCCAGCUUGCUCACAUUUUGGUUUCCAAAAUUAAUUCUGCGGAGCUCCAGCUGAACCCUGCACUCAAAGCUAUGCUGGCUAAAUGGAAGGCAAGCCCUAGCGAAUACGCCCGAAAUGCCGGAUGGGAUUUAGAUGGCUUAUAUACCUGA